UGCGGAGUUUAAACCCAAGCCCUAGCCCCCGGCGCCGAGCUCCAGAAGGUGCGUGGUCGUCGCCCCCACGCUGAAAGAGCGUGAUGGAGCACCCAGUGAUGGACACUGGCUCACUUUUUACUUCAGGAAUUAAGAGACAUGUGAAAGACAAAAGAAUUUCAAAGACUGGGAAGCUGAAUGUUUCUCUUGCUUCAAAAAUCAAAACAAAAAUAUUAAACAGUUCUUCUAUUUUCAAAAUUUCUUUAAAGCACAACAACAGGGCAUUAGCUCAGGCUCUUAGUAGAGAGAAAGAGAAUUCUCGAAGAAUUACAACUGAAAAGACGCUAUUGCAGAAAGAAGUGGAGAAACUGAAUUUUGAGAACACAUUUCUUCGCCUAAAACUAAGUAAUUUGAAUAAGAAGCUUAUAGAAAUAGAAGCACUCAUGAACAAUAACUUGAUAACUGCAAUUGAAAUGAGCACUCUUUCUGAGUUUCAUCAAAGUCCCUUUCUACUGCCAACUGGCAAGAAGAAACGGGUCAGUAAACAGUGCAAGCUGAUGCGUCUUCCAUUUGCAAGGGUUCCAUUAACUUCAAAUGAUGAUGAUGAUGAUGAUGAUAAAGAUAAAGAGAAAAUGCACUAUGAUGACAAUGUUAUAUCAAAGAUAUCACCUGAUAUUCCCUCUUCGGUAUCAACAAGACAACCUUUAUCAAAAAGUCAUUUCCACUCAGACCAAAAUUCCAUGAGUUCUCCAAUGAUUGAGAUGAAAAAUGCCCAGUCAAUCAGCCACAGAAAGGAGAAACCAUCUCUCAGUAAUGUAACGGAAAGGAAAAAACAUGUAUCAUCUCAGGAAUCAAGUAAUCCUUCUGUUGACAGUUCUCAUGGGACAGACUUAGAUCAACAACACAUUUCAAGUUCAGAAUUAAAUUGGAAUAAUGAAAUAAAUGAUCAUACUAAUGAAAAGAAUAUUAAAAUGCAGGGAAACAUACAGUGCCUUCCUGACUCAUCGGAGUCUACAAGUGAACCUACUGCAGAGUACAUGAAUCCAUUUGAGGGUAGUGAUGACUUUCAGUUGCAGAAAACUGUGUAUGAUGCUGAUAUGGAUUUAACUGCUAGUGAAGUAAGCAAAAUUGUUACAGUUUCAACAGGGACUAAAAAUAAAAACAAUAAAAAAUCAAAUGAUUGUGAAAUAAAAACUUUCAGAAAAGUGAAAGAUUCAAGCUCUGAAAAAAAGAGAGAAAGAUCAAAGAGACAAUUUAAAAAUAGUUCAGAUAUCAAUAUUGAUGAAAAGGUUGAAAAUGGACCAGAAAAAAGAUCAGUUGUCUUAAAUGGCAAAGGCGAUUCAGAAGAUCCAGAUUUUAUUUUCAGUACUGAGCAGCUGACUCAGUUGAACAUACUGAAGAAAGUAACCCUUCAUAAUGACUUUGAUCAAGAAGACGGACAAAGUACACAGUGUAAUAAAAGAAAGAAAAGAAUACAUGUAACAAAUGAGCAAGAGGAAGCAUACUCUUUCUCCCAAAGUUCAGAUAAAUUCCAGCAGGAGAGUAAAUUUGAUAUGGGUCAGAGUUCUUUAGCUUGUCAUAAAAGUAAAGCUUCUAGACAGACAUUUGUGAUUCCUAAGUUAGAAAAAGGUAACUUAUUCUCCAACCAAAAGAAUAAAGAAACCACUUCUGAAAACCUAGGAGUCACAAGUGAAUUUCAAACAGCUGAUCUUUCCACCAAAGAUAAUGAAAGUUUAUGUGAUUAUGAGGCCCAGAAUAUGUCAGAUUUGAAAAAGCAUGUCACUGAUAUGCAACCUGCUCAGCAGAAUGAAUCAAAAAUAAAUGAGAAGCUUAGACAGAAAGUAAAUCGGAAGACAGAAAUAAUUUCUGAAACAAACAAAGCAUAUGGAGAUACUGGUAAAGAUGUGCAUGGCCUAGGAAAAGGUAACUUUUCCUUCCAAACCCAUGAGGAUAAAGAAGCCAUCUCUGGAAACCUUAAAGUUUCAGAUGAGUUUCAAAAACCUGUUCUUUCCACCAUUGAUAAUGGAAACCUGUGUGAUUGUGAGAUCCAAAAUGUGUUGGAUUUGCAAAAGCAGAUCACUGAUGUGUACCCUGUUCAGCAGAAUGAAUCAAAAGUUCAUAAGAAUCUUAGGCAGAAAGUAAAUCGGAAGACAGAAAUAAUUUCUGAAGUGAAUCAUUUAGGUAAUGACAAGAAUGUAUAUUUCCCAGAAAAGGGUAGUUCUUUCUUCCUAACCCAGAAGGAUAAAGAAAUCAUCCCUGAAAAUACAAAAGGCCCAAGUGAAUUCCAAACACCUGCCCUUUCUACCAAAGAUAGUGGAAGCCUAUUUGAUUAUGAGACUCAAAAUGUUCUGGGAGUAAAAAAGCAUAUCCAUGAUAUGCAACCUGCUUGUCAGAAUGAAUCAAAAAUAGAUAAGCUUAGGCAAAAAGUGUGUCGGAAGACAGAAAUAAUUUCUAAAAUCAACCAAGUAUAUGAGAAUGGUGACAAAGGCAUACACGACCCAGAAAAAGAUAAUUUACUUUCUCUCACGCAAAAGGAAAAAGAAAUCAUCCCUGAAAACCUGGAAGAUACAAAUGAGUCUCAGGUAGCUGAUCCUUCCACCAGAGGUGUUAGGAACUUAAGUCAUUAUGAGACUCAAAACAUUUUGGGGGUGAAAAAACAUGUUACUGAUAUGCCACCUACAAAGCAAAAUGAAUCAAAAAUAAAUAAGAGGCUCAGGCAGAAAGUAAGUCGGAAGACAGAAGUAAUUGUGGAAAUGAACCAAGUAAAUGAGUUUAAAAAAAAAGGUGUGUAUGACCCAGAAGAAGGUAACUUCUUUUCCCUAACCCAAACAGGUAAAGAAACCAUUUCUGAAAAAUUAGAAGUCACAAGUGAAUUACAAACAGCUUGUCUUUCCACCCACAAUAAUGGAAAUUUGUAUGAUUAUGAGACACAGAAUGUGUUGGGUUUGAAAAAGCAUGUGACUGAAACGCAACCUGCCCAGCAAAAUGAAUCAAUAAAUAAGAAACUUAGGCAGAAAGUAAAUCGGAAAACAGAAAUAAUUUCUGAAAAGUACCAAAUAUAUGGGGAUAAUGAUAAAGAUGUGCAUGAUCAAGAAAGCUGUACAAAAGAUCUUGCUUUUCAAGUAAAUAUAUCUAAACAAAGACUUGAAUGCCAAGGUAUCAUCAGUGGAUGCUCUGUGGAAAUUGAUGGUAAUGAAAAGGAAAAUUGUGAUCAAAUUUCAAAUCCUUACAAACUAGUUAAAAAGCAUGGGAAAGAAUCAUCAGGCAAGGCAAAGAUUUUUGCAAAAGAUAAAAACAAAUCUAUUUCCCGGUUAUCAGAUUCUUUACAAACGUCUGUCUCCCUAGAAUCAGGGUUAAAAUAUAUUAGUAAUGAAGCAGAUUCUGAUCCUGGUAAGCACGUGGAUCUGCAGGAGAAUCUGAAGGAAAGCUGUACAACUCUUAAUGAAAAAAGAGCUAUCCCUUUUGUGGAAGUGGUAAAAGAAAGAGAGUGCCAGGGCAGAAAAGUAAACAAAACGGCAUCUAAAUCAAAGAAAAGGAAGACCAUCUAUCCUUCUUCAGAUAGCCAUAAGGUAAUGCAGAUAAUAUCUGACACUGACCAGGGAAUAUCAGUUGAAUCUGGACAAGCUGGUGAGGAAAAAAAUUCAGAAAAUGAGAGAGUUGUCAAAAUGAAGCCAGACUUUUACAAAGAGACAUUUAAAUCUUUAUCUCAGGUAUAUUCACCUAACAUACAAGAUUCUUCCUUUAAGAGUAUGCAUGAGGAUGCAGUACCUCUGAAUAUUUCUCCUAGUAAAAAUCUGAUGAUAAAAGAAAAUUUUGCCAUGGAAAGCUCACCAAUCUUUCAACUAAGUGAUGGUAAACAUGGGAAGAUGAAAGGGAUGAAAUUCAACCAGAGAACACAAAAAUCAGGAAUAGGUGGUAGAACACUACAGGACUUGACAAAUACCAGUUUUGUUUCAAAUAAUGCUGCUAAAGCUGAAAAUAAGUCAGAAAAUCCAUCUUUAGAGCUACCAAGCCGAAGAAGAAGGUGUACUCCUCUCUCUUUAAAGGAGCCAAAUCUCAAAAGGAAGAUGAGAAGAUGAGGUGAAUGUGUGGAUUCUGGUUUUUUUGAAUUCUCAAACCAUACCAAGUCAAAACAGGGAUAUAACAAGGACCCAAAAGAUGAAAUGUAUGAUGAAGGCUUCCCCCCCGCCCCGCCUUUUCAUGAGUAUUAAUUUAUCUAUUCUUAUGUUUACAUAUAUGUGUAUAAAAUAGCUAUUUUGUAAUAUUAAACUUCUAAAAUCAUUUUGGUCAUCCUAUAACUUAUGUUCCUGUUUUUGUGAACUUCUUUCAACCUAACAGCCUUUAACUAAGCAAAAGCUGUUAACCUUUUAACCAAAUAAAAUGUGUUAUAAAUA